GCGGAAGAGUCAAAGUUCAGGAGCUAGAGCCCUCCGGGAGCUUGGGAACUGCAAUACCCCUACAUAACCGAGAUGCUGAGUACCUCCCUGAGCCCGGAGAACGCCACCUGGUCAGACACCGUCUCUCUGCUCUUGGCUCUUGGCAUUCCUCUCUACUUGGGCUACUACUGGGCAUGUGUGCCCCAGAGGCCUCGUCUGGUGGCUGGGCCUCAGUUUCUGGCCUUUCUGGAACAACACUGUCCAGUCACUGUGGAGACUUUCUACCCCACAUUGUGGUGUUUUGAGGGACGGCUACAAACCAUCUUUCGAGUCCUCCUGCAGUCUCAGCCUAAAGUCUCUUACCAGAGUGAAGUCCUCAAGACUGCCGAUGGAGGCCAAUUCCUUCUAGACUGGGCUGAGCAGCCUAAGGACAGUCACUACCCAGACCCCACCACCCAGCCCAUAGUAUUGCUGCUUCCAGGCAUCAGCGGCAGUAGCCAGGAGCCAUACAUCUUACACCUAGUUGACCAAGCUUUGAAAGAUGGCUAUAGGGCUGUUGUAUUUAAUAACCGUGGCUGCAGAGGGGAAGAGCUGCUGACUCACAGGGCUUACUGUGCCAGCCACACUGAAGACCUAGAAACAGCCGUGACGCACAUAAAGCGCCGCUACUCGCAAGCUCCACUGCUGGCUGUGGGCAUCUCUUUUGGAGGGAUACUGGUGCUGAACUACCUGGCACGGACCAAGAAGGCCGGAGGAUUGGCAGCAGGACUGACAAUAUCUGCAUGCUGGGAUUCCUUUCAAACUGUUGACUCUCUGGAGACCCCGCUCAACUCACUGCUCUUCAAUCGGCCCCUCACUGCUGGACUCUGCCGGCUCAUCGCCAGAAACAGAAAGACAAUUAGAAAGGUGUUGGAUGUAGACUUUGCCAUAAAGGCCCGCACAAUCCGCCAGCUGGAUGAGCGUUACACGUCUGUGGCUUUCGGGUAUAAAGACUGUGCAGCCUAUUACCAAGCCUCAAGCCCAAGAACCAAGGUAGAUGCCAUUCAUACCCCUGUUCUUUGCCUCAACGCAGCAGACGAUCCCUUCUCCCCAGCCCACGGUGAGUGGCUUCAACACUGCGGACUUGAUCCCAAGGCUAGUAAGCCACAGAUGUGGGUUCUCACUGCCGGGCAGCUUCCUGACCUCUUUCACUCCCUCCCAGCUUUCCCUCUGCAGGCUGCUCAGAAGUCUCCCUAUGUUGCACUGCUCAUCACGGCUCGGGGUGGCCACAUUGGCUUCCUGGAAGGGCUGCUUCCCCAGCAGCACUGCUACAUGAACCGUGUCCUGCAUCAGUAUGCCCGAGCCAUCUUCCAGUACUCCAGGGAGCUACCUGACCUUGGGGCACUCACUCCUUCUGAAGAUGGAAAGAGCUGACAAGAGAGCUGUUUGGGGUCUCGGUUCAAUCUUUCUUUGUUUAUUAAAUAUCAACUCUUCCUGCCUAAUGA